UUACGACCAUGGAUCAAUUCCAAGCUUUGAUUGAGCCAGCUCGCCAGUUCUCCAAAGACUCGUACCGUCUAGUCAAGAGAUGUACUAAGCCAGACAGAAAAGAAUACCAGAAGAUCGCUAUGGCCACAGCAAUCGGAUUUGCUAUCAUGGGAUUCAUCGGAUUCUUCGUCAAACUCAUCCACAUCCCAAUCAAUAACAUCAUCGUCGGAGCUUAAUUGGUGUCCUCCUCGUGAACUAAGCAAUAUCGGGUUGUUCUUUUCUAUGUUUCCGCCGUCUCUCCCCGCCGACGAGGAGCACGGAACGUACUUCUCAUUCUUCUCCACUUUUUCAUGUAGAGUUUCACCUUUUUUGUCCAUUCGUUUUAAACUCAAAAAUCUAUUGUGAUUAAUUUAUUCGGCUUCCUUGUUAUUAAAAUAUAAAUAAAUUAAGUCAAUAUG